AUUUCAUACAGUGUUUCGUCGCGAGUGAUAAUCUUUUUUUUUCGAUACAUUGCGUUUAGAUCAUUAAGGGCGCUGCUGUGCUUUUUUUUUAAGGUUACUUUGAAAAAAUUGGGUACCAGACAAUGAUCGACAUGACGGCGUCUAGAUUUAAGCACAGCUGGUAGUACUGUGUUAAAACUGGCUCACUACCAGCAUAGCGGGGCACGCAUCCCAAUAUCAUACCUUUUACAUUUCCUACCUUAGACCUGCAUACGCACUGACGCACACGUGUAGCGUGUGCGUAUGUGCUUUGUCAGCUGUCGCAUACACACCAUGAGAUUCCUGGGACUUACCCAGUCAUUUCCCAAAUCGCUCACAGUGACGCCUCCGCUGCCGCUCGUUUAUCGAUCAUCCUUUUCAUCCAUGUCCAUUGCCACAUGGUUCCUAGUUAUACUGGCGACUGCAGCGAUAGAUACUCCCGCUAGCACUGCUCCACCGAUACAGGAAAAUAGAUCACCGCAUAUACUGGCGCAGUUUCCAGCGGAGAAUGGACAGCGAUACGGACAUUUUCCCUUGGAGGCUAAUGCGACCAGAGAGGGAGCUUUGAGAUUUAAUCAUCUCGCCAUAGAUCCUUCUAUGGGAAGGCUCUAUGUGGGCGCAAUCAACAGGCUCUUUCAACUUGAUUCAAAUCUCAAAUUGGAAGAGCAUGUCUCAACAGGACCAAGAAUGGAUAAUCCACAGUGUCAUGCAACAGGUUGCAUGGCAAGGGAUAUAACUACUUCUUUAAUGGAUAAUGUGAACAAGCUACUAAUCGCCGAUCUCGAGUCGCAGAUGUUAAUCGCCUGCGGCUCUCUUCUCCAAGGUGCUUGCGAAAAAUACAAAAUGUCCAACAUAUCCGUUAAGCCGGAGUUUAUCCCUCUCAGCGUGGCCGCCAACGACGAAAACUCGUCCACAUACGCUUUUAUCGGGCCCGAGAAAUACAAUCCAUGGGGACAAACGAACAUACUCUACGUGGGAACGACAUUUACCAAUAAAGGGGAUUAUCGUCACGACGUGCCCGCUAUCUCCAGUAGGAAUCUCGACAAGCUGGAUUUCGCCGAGUACACGUUCAACAAACAAUCGAUUGUGUACAUCGACGUCAAGUAUCGGGAUCAUUUUCUCGUGAAAUACGUGUACGGUUUCAACGCGAGCGAUUACGCGUAUUUUGUUCUGGUGCAGAAGCAAUCAUAUCUGCCCGAACAGGAGGAACUGGGAUAUAUCUCCAGGCUAGCACGAAGUUGCAUAAGCGAUCCGAAUUACGACAGUUACACGGAAGUAACUCUGCAGUGUACGGUCGACUUGGGGGAUGGAAAGCAGCAUUAUUACAACUUGAUACAGGACGCGAAGGUCGCCGCAGCGGGCAGCGACCUGGCCAUGCAACUCGGCAUCUCCGUGGGCGAUCCGGUAUUCGUUACCGUGUUUUCGCCCAGUAGAGGCAUCACGAACGAGGCUCUAUCACGUUCGGCAGUUUGUAUAUACAGUCUGCAAGACAUCGAAACCAAGUUCAACGAAAAUAUUCACAUGUGUUUCAACGGUAGCAUCAAGUAUCGAAAUAUGGGUUACGUCAGCGGUCCUAUACAAGACGGAAAGUGUCCUACUGCCGGUACUACAGGAAACAUUCUCAACUUUUGCGAGGUUGGACUGAAAAUUUCGGGCGUUUCACCAAUCACGGGCCAGGCUAUCUUGCAUUUUCCUGAUACGUUCAUCUCUUCGAUAACCAUCGCCAAUACCGAAAGCCACACUGUAGCAUUUUUCGGAACGAAUGAUGGCAUUCUCAAGAAGGUUUUAUUAUCUGGAACUGAAGCAUUCGUCUACGAAAGUGUUACGAUCGACAAGGGACAAAAGCUAUUGCCAGAUACACUGAUUUCACCGGAUGGCGAUUAUAUCUACGUAUUGUCUACUUCGAAGAUAUCAAAGGUCAAAGUGGAGCAUUGUAGUGGUUAUACUAAUUGUAGCAGUUGCCUUGAUGCAAAAGAUCCUUACUGUGGCUGGUGCUCUUUGGAA